AUGGAACCCCAAAACUUCAAGAUCUUCACAUCAACGGCCAAGACUCUCCUCCAACUCCUCCUCAUCUGUCUCCUCCAGCAAAUCACAACCGCUAAACUCAUCGACCAAGAAAUUAUUUGGUAUCCUAAAGAUGAGGGAAGAGACGCGGCUAAGACCUUAUCAAUAAAACCAUUUACUCCUCAUGAUGCAUUCAUGUUUGACCCACGAUCAAUACUUGAUGAUCACGAUCUAAUGGUUUCCCAUUCCAAGGAAUCACUUUCCUUUGAUGAGAAUCUUCGAUUAUGGAAAAGUCAAGGUACGCUAAUGCAAAAAAGCAAAAAAAAGUCUCCUCAUUUCUCACAAGAUGUUGUGUCUAAAGCGGAUCGUAAACGUGAGAAGAAGGUUUGGUUCUAUAACGGUCCUCCUUCUCAUAUUGCAAGUUCAUCAUUGAGCAAUCUAAGAUUCUUAUACAAGUAUUUUGAAAAUGACUAG